CCCUGAUCAUCCACCAUUUCUCAGCUCUCCCUCUUUCUGGGGUUUUCGUUUCACUGACCGCCUUCUGUUUCCUUUUCUUUUUCUUUCUUCUUUUCUUUCGUUUGCUAAGCAACCAAACACAAAAGAACAUGUCAUCAGAACACUACUAUCUCUUCCUUUCACCAGUAAUCCUCAGCUUCGAGCUUUUCCUCUGCGUCUUUCUCUUCGUUGCUGUCUUUGCCCUCUGGCUCUCCCCGGGCGGUCUUUCAUGGGCACUCUCUAGAACCCGAGGCCCCGCCAUUCCCGGCCCUUCUGGUCUGCCGCUUCUUGGCAUGGUUUUCAUUUUUACAGGGUCUUUGACUCACAGAGCUCUCGCUAAGCUUGCUGAGGCUUUUAAGGCGAAGCCGUUGAUGGCAUUCUCAGUGGGGUUCACUCGUUUCAUUAUCUCAAGCCGCCCAGACACGGCUAAAGAGAUUUUGAACAGCUCAGCUUUCGCUGACCGGCCCGUUAAGGAGUCGGCUUACCAGCUUCUCUUCCACAAGGCAAUGGGCUUUGCUCCGUUCGGCGAGUACUGGAGGAACCUGAGGAGAAUCUCGGCAACCCAUUUGUUCAGUCCGAAAAGAAUUGCUUCUUUCGGGGAGUUUCGGACGAGUAUCGGGUCCAAAAUGGUAGACGAGAUAAAGGUUUUGAUGGGGAGGAACGUUAAUGGUGAGGUUGAGGUGAGGAAAGUGUUGCAUUUUGGGUCGUUGAACAAUGUCAUGAUGAGUGUGUUUGGAAGGAAUUACGUGUUUGGUGAGCGGUGUGGGAAUUAUGAAGGGUGUGAGCUUGAGGGUAUGGUGAGUGAAGGGUAUGAGCUUCUAGGGGUUUUUAAUUGGAGUGAUCACUUUCCUCUUUUGGGUUGGUUGGAUUUGCAAGGAGUGAGGAAAAGGUGCAGGAUUCUGGUGGCAAAGGUUAAUGUUUUUGUCGGGAGGAUUAUAGAGGAGCAUAGGGCGAAGAGGGUUGAGAAUGGAACAAUACUUAUCACUGGGGAGGCUGAUGAGGGCUCGGGUGAUUUUGUUGAUGUGCUGCUUGAUCUGGAGAAAGAGAAUAGGCUCAGUGACUCUGAUAUGAUUGCUGUUUUAUGGGAAAUGAUCUUCAGGGGGACCGACACAGUGGCAAUCCUCCUAGAAUGGAUUCUUGCACGAAUGGUACUUCACCCAGAUAUCCAAGCCAAAGCCCAAGCUGAAAUCGAUACCAUUGUCGGCCGGAGCCAAUCAGUGUCCGAUUCCGACCUCCCUAACCUACCCUACCUCCACGCCAUAGUAAAAGAAACCUUGAGAAUGCACCCGCCAGGUCCCCUCCUCUCCUGGGCUAGGCUCGCCGUGCAUGACACCCACGUAGGCCGACACUUCAUUCCGGCCGGCACGACCGCGAUUGUUAAUAUGUGGGCGAUAACUCACGACGAGCAGGUCUGGCCUGAGCCCGGAGAAUUCAAGCCAGAGCGGUUUAUGCAGGAAGAUGUAGCCAUCAUGGGGUCUGAUCUUAGGUUGGCUCCAUUUGGUUCUGGAAGAAGGGUCUGUCCAGGCAAGGCCAUGGGCAUUGCCACUGUUGAGCUCUGGCUUGCACAGUUGCUCCAGAGCUUCAAAUGGAUGCCUUCUGAUCGUGGUGUCGACUUGUCAGAGUGUUUGAAACUUUCAUUGGAGAUGAAACAUUCCUUGGUCUGCAAGGCUGUUCCUAGGAUUGCUUGACAUGAAUUUGAUGGGGCUUUUGUUGUUACCAGGAUGCAUAUGAUAUGAUGUGAUCCAUGUAGGGGAAGGAUUAAAUAGUUUGAUUUAAUUACUUUCCAUGCAUGCAUGUUUUCUUAGCUAUAUAUGUUAUGUAAUUUUGGUUUUGGCUUUAAUUAGGGUAGGGUUUCUGGUUGGUUAUUUUGUUAAAUGGUGUUUGGAUUUGCUUUGGUGGAACUUUCAUGCCCCUGUACACAUUUCCUAAUGAAUUAUAUUAAUGCACUAUCAGUUUGUCCUUCCA